AUGAAAAAUACACUCAUUGCAAUCAUCCAGUUUGUUGACAAGUCCACCCUUACUGUAGCCGGCGUGUAUAGUCUUUUCCAAGAUACCCACAUAGACCGAUCACAAUUCAGCUGGCUUGGAUCCAUCUUCUACUUGGGCUAUCUUUGCAUGCAACCUAUCAACAGUUACUUACUCCAGAGACUACCCACAGCACACUACGUUGGCACCGUUCUUAUUCUCUGGGGAGCAUGUUUAGCCUGCACUUCACUAGCCAAAAACUUUAGCCAGUUGGCAGCGCUGAGAUUUCUACUCGGUUUCUUUGAAGCCAUCACAUACCCCAGCAUGUUCCUACUAAUAUCCACAUUUUACAGACGAUCUGAGCAAGUACUAUGGUUUGGAGUGAUGUUUAUGAGCAAUGGACUUGCAGGCAUCCUGGGCAGUGUUCUUGGUUAUGCUAUAGGGUAUAUGCCUACAGUAGGAGAUAUAUCGCCCUGGAAAUGGAACAUGAUUAUUUUUGGUAGUCUUACUGCUCUCGCUGGAUUCAUCUUUUUCUUUUUCUUACCAGACACACCUUAUUCCCGAUGGUUCCGCUUGUCAGGUGAAGAAUGCACAAUUGUGGAGGAACGUAUACGAGAUAACGCCGUUGUUCGAACCUUUCAUAUCAACUACAGCCAUAUCAAAGAGGCGUUGCUAGAACCUCGCCUAUACUGCUACUGCUUAAUUUCUCUACUUGUCAAUUUGCAGAAUGGCGCAUUGGUUACGUUCAGUGCGCUCAUUAUCUCAGAUUUAGGAUUUUCUUCUGGAAAUUCUGUUCUUCUUAAUAUUCCUGGCGGUGCGGUUUCUAUUAUCUUGGUGGCCUGUUUAAUUACAAUUAGUAGACGGUACAACGAGGUCAUCUAUGUAGCCAUGGUGGCGUGCACUAUCUCUAUGGCUGGUGUUAUCUGUCUGGCGGCUAUUCCUGGCGGGGGUGUUAAACUUAUAGGGCUUUAUCUCAGCUGGGCUUGUAAUCCAGCCUAUAUUUUGCUUCAGACCUCAAUAUCGAGCAAUGUGUCAGGAUACACCAAAAAGAUCUUUUACACCAGCUGUAAUAUUGUUUUCUAUACAUUCGGCAACUUCAUUGGUCCUCUUAUGCUCGUUCAAAAGGAGGCUCCUAGAUACAUUUCUGGUCUCUCUGGUUAUGCUGCAGCUAAUGCACUUUGUAUUAUAUUAUAUGGCUAUGUUCGAUAUAUAUAUGUCAAAGAAAACAAAAAGAGGAACCUGGAUCCAAAUUCAGAUAACAUUGCCCUACCUGAUGAACUUGAAGACCUCACUGAUGUAGAAAACAAGCAUUUUAUGUAUAGGACAUAAAACUCCCAUUCUCUCCCCGCG